AUGGAGGAGAUUCGAGAUACCAUUCAAAAGCUCAAGCACCUGUCCGAUACGAGUGAUGCAAAUUUCAACUCCACAACGGAUGGGAAUGAAGCCGCAAUUGAGGCAACCAAGAGCCGACUGAACGAAAUUGAGACAGGGCAGAAGGACAUGGCCAAGUUGCUGGACGAGCUGCGUGGGAAAAUUGCAGAACAGCAUGUGAACAGUCCACAAGAAGAAAGGGGAAAAUGGGAGAGCCUCGACAAGCAAGUCCAAAAGGAGAGUACAUCAUUGAGAGAGACAACCAGGACAACCAGAUCAACCACAGAGGCCCUGCAAUCUACUGCAGCGACCCUUAAUUGCUGCGCCAAUGUCACGAACAAUCAGGAACUUGGCACAACUGCUGCCGGGAGGAUUAUCCAGGAAUCUUUGCGGGGCGUUGACCGUCUGCCUAGACUUAGGAGAGGAGAGCGCUCAGCUGCGGUGAGGGGACCAGCCCUAAGUACAGGACCAACAAGGCGACCCCCGCGACGCGUUCGAGCACCCCUGCUACCACCACCUAUGGUAGCGCGUCAAAUCCCCACAGGUACGAUCCCGACAUCAGAGAAUCCACCUCCCCUGCCACCACGAACGGUGAGCCAAGGCUCGGGCGUAACGCGACCGGAUAUACUAGAACCUCUUCGGGAUCCUUCUACAGUGACUCCAAUAGAGGAGUGCUUGCCAGAUUUGCCACCACGGCCACCACCAUCCCUCCCAACAAGAAGCGAUCCGGGAUCUUAUACGUUUGACAGGCGUGGGGGAGUAGUAUCACCUCCAUCUCUGGACAUUCCGACGCCAAGUACACAAAGGUCACGGCUGUUCUCGUCUAGCUCUACAGGCACCGAAUCUAGUGCCAUGUCGGCCUUGGUAUCAGAUCCGCCCAGCUUACCUCCAUCCUCGCCCAGAAUUCCACCCACAAAACCAUUAAAACCUCGACACCUUAAAUCAAAGGCUGCAGUAGGCUUAGAGGGUCAUAACAACAAUAGUUAA